AAAGAAACUAAUAAAACGAACCAAACAAACAAGUUUCCAAAAAGGGAAGGACAAUGAUGGCACAUUAUCCUCUUCAUCAUCUUCUUCACAAUCCAUCAUCAUUCAUAUCUCUAACAUUGCCACAACACUCACCUCGUCUUCAAACAUUAUCACUGCCAAAAACGCUGUCGUGUCACCUCUCUUCAUCACACAACAACAAAUGCAGUUCCAAUUCCAUCAUUUCUUCACUCACCAAAAUUCACUCCAAACCUUUACAUUUUGCUCUAUCUGGUGCCCUCUCACUAUGCUUAUUAUUCGGAGGAGCUCAAAUUGCUGAGGCUGCUACUAAAGCUGGUGUUAACAAGCCAGAAUUGCUUCCUAAAGAAUUUAGUACAGUCAUUGAUGUUGCUGGGUUCCUCUCCGAUGGACAGGAGAAAAGACUAGUGCAAGAGAUUGCUGAUCUUGAAAAGGAUACGGGAUUUAAGUUGAGAGUUUUGGCCCAGAACUAUCCCGAUACUCCAGGUUUGGCUGUCAAAGAUUUCUGGCAAGUAGAUGACAGUACAGUUGUCUUUGUUGCUGAUCCCACGUUUGGCAAUAUAUUGAAUUUCAAUGUUGGUGCUACUGUUGAUUUGGACAUCCCACGUAGUUUCUGGAGUCGCUUGGCAGGCAAGUACGGGAACAUUUUCUAUUGGCGGGAGAAGGGUGAAGAUGCAUCUAUUGAAUCAGCAGUUAUGGCAAUUUCUAGUUGCUUGAGAGAACCAGUUGGGGCUAAUAAUUGUUCUGAGGUGAAAUAGAACUGAACAUAACGCAUGAAGGACGGUACAUUAAUUUCAUAUUUUUAAUUAAAUCAUGCAGAAUUUAAGGAUCUUGUGUACUUCUAUGUUAGUAAUACCUAUUAUAGGGCCAUGAUGCAAUGUAUUUUAAAUUCAUUGUACAAAUAGGAGAUGUAAGAAACUGUACAUCAAUAUAAUUUGUUAAUAAACAAA